GGAAAAAGAGAAAAGAGGCAGAAUGCGAAAGGUGAGUGCAAUCGUGGGCAAGGGUCGUCAGGCUCUUCAGGAUUUAAACCUGCUCAAGGUCUUGCAGUCUGAGAUUAGGCACGAGCUCUCCGCCAAUCCCUUUCAGAAUACGGAAAGUGGUUCUCUAGGAGAUUUUGUGGUGGACUGGGAUUCAUUGCAGUCCCAAGAUGUGGUCUUGAGGAGAAAAUUGGCUGCGGGUGAGGAGGUUGUUGUUUCGGCUCUAUUGGGUUCAUUCACAUUUAGAAGGGAGUAUGUAUUUCCCAGGGAUGUUUUGAUGAAGGUAUGUUUAAAGAAGCCUGGCCUGAGCUCUAUGUUACACUUCGAUUGCGAAAUUUCUGAGAAAGGCAGUGAUGGGUCGGACUUUGACAUCCAUAAUGCCUAUUAUCUUCAAAAAUCAGCUGAUAUCAACCCUUCUGCCUAUAGGGGCCCCAUAAUCAGCCAUUUGAAUCCUCAAUUACAAGAUGCACUCAAGGAAUACUUAGUAGCUAAGGGUAUUGGAGAAGGCCUUACCAACUUUCUACUUCACCACCUACACAAAAAGGAGCAUGGGCAAUACGUAAACUGGUUAAAGAAACUAGACUCUACGGUCGCAAAAGGAAGUGGCAGAUCAUCACAAUCACAGGAGCCUGAAGAGAACUUAUUUGGAAAGUAUCCAAUGUGAAGAAGACAAGGGGUCCUUUAUUCGAUAUCAUCUCCAUUUUUUUUUUUCUGGUCCAGUCCAUUUUUUUAUUGUUUUUACAUGGGAUUAACUUGUAUCUUUGUAUAAAUUAUAACAUAUUUAUAUUUAACAAAGACUGUCGGUCGUUUGAACUCAACCAAAAUUGUCAAAAUACGACUAUAGCUAGAUUCCCGAACUGCUUUUACAAUUUAAUAUAAUUCAGUACAACUCAAUUCAAUAAAUAAUUAUGUUUUAAGUGAUUGAUUUAAGAAAAAUGAAAUAUCAUUUGCUUUUGAUUAUAAAUUGAUUG